AUUUGCGUUUCAUUGUUUUGAGAUCGAAAGCCCAAGGGCUUUUGAGUUUUUGAUGCUUGAGUCGCUGGGAUCUUUGAUCCGAUGGCCCAUCUAUCCAUCAUGUAGAUCUCUGGAGGUGCUCGUCGAUUUCCCCAGAUCUAGCAGCCAUCGCGCUUCUCAUGAUGCUGAAGGGGGAUGGUCACCGCCUGUAUGGAUUUCUCGUCUUGACGUCUUGGAAACUUGGCGUAAAUCUUACAUGAGUAGAUUGAAGGAUGUCUCGUUUGUUGGAUCGUUCGACCACCGAAAUCUAUACAGCUUAUUUCUUGCAGUUGUUUGAGUGUACUGUUCACCUCAUUUUAUCCUCUGUUGAAAUGGGCUACUCUAACUUUUUUCUCUAAAUGUAUUUUCUCUGUUUGUUAUUUCCUCUUAUUUGUUAGAUAAAGUUUUGCUAUAGAUGCCGCAUGACGGAUUAAUGGCUACCUUAACUUCUUGAGCUUCUGCUCUUCCUUUCCUUAGUUUUUCUAGUAUUUGGAAUUGGAUGUUAUGUCCUAUUGUUGCAUGUGUCUAGUUUAUGUUUAGUGGGGAAGAAUGCAGGGAUCCAUGAUAUGAUUGCACUACCUAGCUAGUCUUUGAUAUAAGAUUCAGCAAUGAAUGAAGUGUCCAUAAAGUCUUUAUUCUCAA